AUGUGUGAAAAACAACUGAAGCUUCAAAUAGUGAUAAUAAUAUUAUGUAUAUUUUUAAAAGGAUUUCAAGCAGUUGAUGACAGUCCCCUAUUCACGGUGACCAGAGCUCCUCGUUACUUCGGUAUCCUACAAGACCAUAGGGGUCAACCGCUUUCAGUCGAAGUUUCUGAAGAAUAUAUGGACCAGGAUUACAUUGCUACCAAUAGGAGACGACAUAGAAUUGACUGGAAUAAAACACCAUUGGACAUGGACGAUUUCGAUGACGACGAAACAGAGGAAACUUUCGACGAUAAAGACAAAGAUGUCAAACUACCCUCCAAAUUUAAUCUCCAGGCUGGUCCGGUCUGA